AUGUCAGCCAGUCUUUGGCUCGGCUAUGACACGCAUUUUGACAUCGAUUUCUACCCAUGUGAUGCAAGAGACACCGGCGAGUACAAUACAAUAGGCCAGUGUGCCUCGCGGAGUACGCUUAAACUAGUACACCAGUUCUUCCACGGCCAGCUACGACAAAUAUUCUGGAAACCCUUGGUGUGGUUGAUCGAUACCCCCCACAACAUUCCCGAAGAAGUUCCCUUCAACCUGGACGCGUACGCCGACGUUGUCCUUAUUGAUGACGAGGAGUACCCCGAACAUUUGGAGUAUGAGGACGCCGCCGGUUACGAUAUCGAAAUCGAGCGCAAUUUAUCAAAAGGAGUUUAUCAGGAGGCGGGUUAUCUCGAAGAGAAGGGUUCUAUGUCGGACGAGGCUCGGUAUUGGGCUGCCAGUAUUGCUUCAGUCAACGAUUACGAGGUUCUCUGA